CCCCCCCCACCCCCCCCCACCUGUUGCCUGCCUCGCCUUUCCCCCCGUGCCUUUCGCUCCUUUCAAUGAGUGGCCGAGUUUUGGCACCCGGAGCCGGCGCCGCUGGCUCCAAUCCCGGCCCGAACUUCACGCUUACCUUCGACUUCGGCCCGACUGCUGCCGACCGCGCCUCCGUCCGGUGCUUCGCCAAUCGGCCAAUCCAGCUGGCCCUCGAGGAUGCCUGCUUCCGGUUCGCCCGUCGCCAGAUUGCUGCUGAGGACCUGCAAAUUAUCUGGAAGCGCCAGCCGAUUGAUGCCUCCCUGUCACCGCAGCAGCACGGCAUCACCUCCGGCACGGCCCUGCCGACCGCCACCCGGCGCGGCGAUCUCAAGAGCCGCGUGUCGUUGGUUGUGCGCACGGACCGCGGGCAAUUCCGCCUGGCCGCCGAGCCCGAGGCCCGGCUGCUGGAUGUGCUGACGGCCCUGCCUGGGCUGCAGCCGGGCUCGGCGACGGCGCUCGAGCUGGCCCCCGGCGCCCCGGCACUCGACGCCUUUUUGGCGGUGGCCGCCGGACGGACACCCACCCUGCGCAUUCUCAAUUACCACUUGGACGAGGGGUGGAACUUCCUGUGGCGGACGCGCCUCUGCUCGCUUGGGCUGCUCCAGCGUGCUGGAUCGGCCGCCGCCGCCGGGACCAUUCUCUUUGAAGUCCGCUGGCGCCCGGCACGCGAGGCGGACCCGGCCGACCUGGAGUGCCUCCGUGCCAAUCUCGCUCGACCGGAUUGCCGCAACAUCGAGCACCUCCGCCUGGUGCCGGUCGCCAAGCAAACCACCGAUCCGGCUCCGGCCACCGGGGAGUGGGUCCUCUCGCAGCUUCCCUCGCAGGCCCAAAUCCCCGAAGGUCUCUUCGAGCCGCCCUCCCCCGGCGAGCGCUCGAUCUUCGCGGCCCCAGACCGGCAAUCGACCCAGGCCUCCGAGAUGCCGGCUGACCGGACGACCACCGACCCGCCGCCGGUCGUCCACACUGCUCCGGCCCCUCGGCGCAGCCCGACCCCGGCCCAUGCCCCUGCUCCGGCUCGGGCCACGGCCUCCGGUGUGCGCGGCUGUGACUGUGAAGGUUGCCAAUCGGGCAACAUUCUGGCUCACCGACGGGUGAUCACCACUUCCCAGCGUACCACUGUCCCGGGCUCGCUGGAGCAGGAUGCUAGCGACUCCUUCUAUGAGCUGAAUAAUAACGAUCUUGGUGCGGUGCUCUCCAGUCUCCGGAGUGCCGACCAGGAGGCGCUCAAGACUCGGGCCAUGCGCGAUAAAGAACGCCAGGAGACACUGGCCAAGUUCCCGGCCACGUGUAUUCGGUUCAUGUUUGCCGAGCGCUUUGUCCUCGAGAUUGCCCUGCCCAGCAACUCCCCGGUGUCCCUCGUCCACCAAACACUCCUGUCACUCGCCCGACCGGAGAUUCGUGACCAGCUUCUCACCUAUACAACCCCCCCGCGGACUCCGCUGGUCGGCAGCCCGGGCCACCGGGCCUCAGCCCGAGAUCCAGUCGACCUAUUCGCGGCCGGCCUCACCCCGGCCGCCAUUGUGCAUGUUGGCCAGGCCGGAGUGCAGGCAUCUCAUGCUCGAGCUGACGCGGUCCUUUUGCCCGAGCAUCUCGCAACCGGACGUACUUAAGGGAUGAGCGUGCUCCUUCUGCCGCCAUCAUCAGCACCAGCACCGGCCCCCAGCCCCGGCACCGCCGUCAGCACACACACACACACACACAUGC